AUGUAUAGAAUAACACUAUAUGAUUUUAUAUUAGAUGAAAUAAAAGGAGGUAGGUAUUACAAUUCUUAUCUUAGUGAUAAUGAGCAUACUGAAGAGCAUCUUAAAGAAAAUAAAGAAACAAAAAAUUUAUAUGACAACCAUAAGAAUGAAAGUGAAGAUAAUAAAUAUGAUUUUUAUAAAUUCCUUGAUAAUUUUUUUAAAUCUGAUUCUAUACCAGAUAAUGCAUUAGAGCAUAUGUUAAAUGUUCCUUAUUUUUUAGAAAAAAUUAUGAGUUUUUCUUUUUUAUUAUGCCUAGAUAAUAUAUUGUAUGAUAUAACUUUUAUGCCUAUACAAGUUGUAAGAUCGUUAUGUAUUUUAAUUUAUAUAUUUUUAAAAAAUGCAAGCCAUCGUCUUUUAUAUAUUUUUUCAAAUGUAAAAAAUUACAAAUUUUAUAAAUAUGCUACGAGUAAUUUUAAAAAUUUUAAAAAAUACAAAGUGAGAGUAAUAAAGAGUUGCAAUAAUUUCACAUAUAGUGGUAGAAGAGAAAUUUAUGAAAAAGAUUCUAAUUUAAAAAGAAAGUCUUUUACACAUUUUUAUUCCCAAAAUAGAAAUAUACCUAAAAACUUUUUUACAUUUUCUCAUAUAAAUGAUUUUAGAUAUAAUAUUAAUAAUUCUAACUCCGAAUAUAGCAUAGAUGAGAAAGAUGCCUUUACAAAUAAUUCUAUUGAUACAAGUAGCUUAAUAUGUAAUUUAAAAGAUGAUAAUGAUAAUAAUUAUAUAAAAAAGUCAAAUUCUAGUGAAAAUUCAGAAAAAAAUUUAAUUAAAAAUAUAAGUUGUACAGAUAUAAAGAAAGAUAGUAUCAUGAAUAUGAAGUCAAUAGAUGACAAAAAAAAAAAAAAGGAUAAAGUUAAAUUAAAAAAAAAAAAAAUAAAAACAAAUAAUCAAAAAUCAAUGUAUGGAACUACAAAAAAAAAUAGAAUAAACAAUUUUUUAAGUAUUUUUAAGUCACUUAGUUUUAUAAAAAUGUACAAUUAUUUAAAAAAUAUUGAAAAACAUAUUAAAUUUCUUUUUAGUUAUGUAUACAUGAAUAUUAUUCAUUUUAUUGAUAUUAAUAAAUUAUAUACACUUAAUAUUUUUAAAACAGAAAAAAAAGAAGAAGCCAUUACUAGAUCUUUGGAAAUAAAUUACAUAAAUAGAAGAAAAAAUAAGAUAAAGGAGGAACUAUCUGACAUUUCUAAUGAAGAAGUUUUUAAGAACUACCUAAAAAGAGAUAUUACAAAAGAUAAAAAAAAAGGAAAAAAAAGUAUAGAAAAAAAAAUAGUGACGGAAAAUGAAAAUUUGGAAUUAAAAAAUAAUCACAACAUUAAAAAAACUUGCUUCAAUAAAAUAAAUAAAAAUGUUAAUACAAAUGUAGAAACUUAUAAUUUAUGUGGCAAUAAUAGAAACAAUGAAAAAAAAAUUUAUAAAAAUUUGAAAAAUAAUUCAGAAAAGAUUGUUUUAAUGAAUGACCAAAAAUAUAUAAAUUAUGUUCAUUCUAAUAAUAAAAGGAAUUUUUCAGGUAGCAUUAUAUAUAAGAAUGAUAAUGUAGCGAAUAAAAAAAAAAAAAAAAUGAAAAAAAAAAAUAAGAAAAAUAAUUUUCAUACAAUUAAGAAUAUGAUAAAUAAUAUUGAUAAUUUUAAUAAUAAAGAUAUCAUAAAUGAUAAUAAUAAUAAUAAUAAUAAAUUUAAUGAUAAGGUUAACACAAAUGAUAAUAAUAAUAAUAACGAUUUUAAUAUAGUUAAUAAUAUAAAUUACAAUAAUUAUUAUAAUAGUGAUGUUAAGAUUCAUACUAAUAAUGAAACUUACAAUGAAUAUUACAAUAAAAUUAUUUAUAACGCUGAUAUGAUUAUUAACAGUUAUGAAAAAAACUUGAAUAAUGAUUUUGAUAUGUUCUAUAAUAAUAAAUUGAAACCAUUUUAUACAUCUAAUAAAAGGAAUAGCCAAAAUUAUGUUUAUGAUAAAUUUAAUGAAGGAUUACAAGAAAGGAGGAAAAUAAAAAAUAUAACUAAAGUUAAGAAUAUGAAAAAAAAAUUAUUUGAACAGCAUUUGAAUUCAUUAAAAUUAUCAUUUCCAGAAUAUAGUGGGUUGAUAAGAAUAUCUUUAAUUUUAAUUUGUAUUUACAUUUUUUCAUUUGUUGAUACAUCGAGAGUUUAUCAUUAUAUAAGAGCACAACCAUUUAUGAAAUUAUAUGUGGUAUUAAACAUGUUAGAAAUAUUAGAAAGAUUAUUAAGAUCAUUAGGAAAAGAUUUAAUUGAUAAUAUGAUCAGAACAUUUAUUAGAAUAAUAAAUUUACAUUCAUAUAUAUACAUUAUAAGAAACAAUUAUCACAAUAAUAAUGAAAAUGAUAGAACAAAUAAUAAUAAAAAUUAUGUAGAAAAUGAAAAUGAUAUAAAUGAUUAUAUUAAUAAAAAUAAAAAAAUUGAUGUAAAUAAUUUUGAUAAUAAGAAUGAGAUGAAUAGCUUUGCUGAUGAAAAUAAAAGUAAAAAAAUUUCAUGUAUAGAUGGUUUACGAAAGGAAAUGGUAAAAAACGAAAAUUUUUUUUCUAACAAUAAAGAAAUAUAUUUUAGAUACAACUUUAGAAAUAAAAGUAUCUCUAAGGAUACUUGUUAUUAUAAGGAAGAAGAACAUUUUUAUUCAAAUAAGAAAAAGGAAAAAAAUUUUCUUUUUUUUAAAAAUAAUAAAGAUAAUGAAAAAAGUAGUGAAUUUAAAGUAUCUAUAUUUUUUCCUUUUUAUAGUGUAUUAAUUAAAUUUUGUAUGCAAUAUAUUCUCGUUCUUUUUUAUAUUCUGAUCCAUUCUUUUAUUCACUUGGUUCGUUUUUUAUCUUUAAAUAUUGCAAUAAAUUCAUCAGAGUCAACAAUGUUUUUAAUUCUUGUAAUGAGCAAUUUUACUGAAAUAAAAUCGACAGUUUUUAAAAAAUUUACGAAAAUAUCCUUAUUUACAAUUGUUGCAUCUGAUGCAGUUGAAAGAUUUUAUUUGUUCAUCGAUGCAUUUCUUGUAUUAUUAAAAAUGUCAACUGCUUAUAGAACACAAAAUUCUUUUAUUAGCAUUUCAAGUUGGCUAAUAAUUAUUUUACUGCUUGAAGUAGGAGUAGAUUGGUGCAAACAUUCAUAUUUAUUAAAAUAUAAUAAUUUGAAAUCGGAAUCCUUAAAUAAAUAUUUUCUUACACUUUUAGCUGAUGUUUUGAUAUCAAGAACUCCUAAUAAUAAUAUUCAUUAUAUGCAAACUUCUUUUAAAGUUCCCUGUAAAAAUAUUUUUUGUUUUUCUCAUAUACCAACAAGAAGACUUGGAUAUAUGUCAAUGCCUGUGGUUACAUUAAUUGUUUGCUCUUUACCAAGAUUAAAUUAUUUAUCAAAUAUAUCUUUGUUUUCUUUUGCUUUAUCUAUAUGGAUAUGCUUGUUUCUUUUCAAGAUAAUUUUAUCAAUUAUGAUUGUAUCUUAUACAAUAUCUGAAAAACAUCAUUUGAAAAAAUUAGGUAAACCAUAUGAUGAUAUUAGUGCCUUGUAA